AUGGGAUCUAACCUCCUUACUAAUUCCGCAAAUCCAGUGCUUUCGUCUAGUCUUGUUGCCUCGUAUGGUGAUGGAGAUGAAAGCGAUGAAGGAAAUGUCUCGCCUGUUGCUGCGUCUGGCUUGACUGCUCCCAGGAGUGCUGCAGAGUCCAAAGUGGCCGAUGAAGAAGCAAGACUUUUCGAUUGGACAAAAUUGGCGUGUCUCCUGUGUUCCCGUGGGUUUAAGGAUGUCGCUACCCUUCAGAAACACAAGGCUUUCUCAGCUCUUCACUUUACUAACUUAAACAAGCUGCGUGCCAAAUAUGACUUGCCUCCUGUACAGCCACCUUCGGGUUCUGCUGCAUCUAAUCCUACCAUUUCUUCGAAUGAACUUACAACUCUUCCUGAAUCUCUUUCAAUCGAUGCUCUUCUGCAAUUAGGUGCCGUUACCGCGAGUAAUCAUGCCAAGAACGCUGCUGCCCGGCACCGUAUUGCUAGUGAGCAAGCUAAUGCAUUGGCACAGGCUGUUUACCGUGAUCGGGCUAAAGAGCGUCGUGACCGCUAUGGAACUUCGUCGCCCCCUCGCCGUCGUAAACGAGCCGAUUCACCCCCACCAUCUCCAAUCCCUACACCGCCUCCUCCGUCUCAUUCAUCAGCCGUAAACACAAGUCCUCAGCCUGCGACAACUUCGGCUGAGCCUGCUGGCGCAAAUGUUGGCAGCAGGCUCAUGGAGAAGAUGGGCUGGCAGGCUGGUCAAGGACUAGGUCGAGCCAAUCAGGGGAGGACUCAGAUUAUCGAAGCGGAAUUUCGCGAGCAUGGUGUUGGCUUGGGAAUCAAGAAUUCAAAACGAGGACCUCCCUCUGAUAACUACAAGGAUAAUGUCAAGCGAGCUAUGUUCGCCAGAUUUCAUGAACUUGAAUGA